AUGGACUCGGAGUAUUACGCGGGCGACCAGUCAGAUGAUGGUGGUGCAACCCCCGUACAAGAUGAACGAGAUUCAGGGUCAGAGGUUGAGGAUGAUUUAAAUGAGCAGCACUCUGGAUCAGACACCGGAAGUGUGGAACAUCAUUCAGAGAGUGGACCUAGUGAUCGAGAAGAUGGCCUCAUCAAAAGGCAUCAAGUGACAGAUUUGGAAAAUGAUGACCUCCCAAAUCUUAAUGCUAGUGACUGUGAAAGUGAGUUGCUUCACAGGCAAAAGGAUAGUGAUUCUGAAUCUGAAGAGCACCUAGAGCCUCCUGCAAGUGAUUCAGAAAAUGACACCAGUCAUCAAGGGAGUGACUCUGAGAGUGAAGAGACCAGGAAAUUACCUGUCAGUGAAUCUGAAAAUGAAGAACUUCUUAAUGGGCAUGUGAGUGAUUCAGAAAAUGAGGAUGUACAAAAGCAUCCUGCUAGUGAUUCAGAAAUUGAAGAGCUCCAGAAAAGCACUGCCAGUGACUCUGAAACAGAAUCUGCUCUAAAGCCUCAGGUUAGUGACUCAGAAAAUGAGGAGCUCCCCAAACCUCAGGUCAGUGACUCAGAAAGUGAGGAACCUCAGAAGAAUCAGGCUAGUGAUUCUGAAACUGAGGAGAUUCCCAAACCUCCUAUCAGUGAUUCUGAAAGUGAGGACCCUCCAAAGCACAAGGCCAGUGACUCUGAAAAUGAAGGCCCCUCAAGGCACCCAGUAAGUGACUCAGAAAAUGAAGAGCUUCCUAAACCCCGAAUUAGUGAUUCAGAAAAUGAGGACCCUCCUAGGAACCAGGCCAGUGACUCUGAAAUUGAAGAGCUUCCCAAAUCCCAGGUCAGUGACUCUGAAAGCGAGGAACUUCCCAAAGCUAGAGUUAGUGACUCUGAGAGUGAGAAGCCACAGAAGGGACAGACUAGUGAGGAUUCCUCCAGGCUUAAACCAAAGAUGGAAACAGAAGAUGACAAUGAUGAGGAGAGCAGGAGAGUAGAUGAAGAAAUGCAAAAUGAGUCCUUUCCCUCCAGUAGCCAUUUAGAAAGGAAAAGAUUUCACAGUUCUGACAGCGAAGAGGAAGAAGCCAGAAGGCUGAAAAUUGACAGUGAUGAAGAGAAAGGAAAAGCUGAGAAAGUAGCAAAGCGGAAAGCAACUGUUCUUUCUGAUAGUGAAGAUGAAGAGAAAGCAUCAGCAAAGAAGAGUCGUGUUAUCUCUGAUGCAGAUGAUUCUGGUAGUGAUGCUGUAUCAGAGAAAGUAGGCAGAAGAGAAAAGACUGUACCAUCAGACAGUGAAGAUGAAAUAAGGAGAGAAGAGUUGUCUGAUAAAAAAAAUGAAGAGAAUGAUCUAUUUGGGAGUGACAGUGAGUCGGGGAAUGAAGAAGAAAACCUUAUUGCAGAUAUAUUUGGAGAAUCUGGUGAUGAAGAGGAAGAAGAGUUUACUGGUUUUAACCAAGAAGAUUUGGAAGAAGAAAAAAGUGACCCGCAUGUAAAAGAAGCAGAAGAUUCAGAUUCUGAUGAUAACAUAAAGAGAGGAAAACAUAUGGAUUUUCUGUCAGAUUUUGAGAUGAUGCUGCAACGGAAGAAGAGCAUGAGUGGCAAACGCAGACGCAACCGUGAUGGUGGUACCUUUAUUAGUGAUGCGGACGAUGUUGUGAGUGCCAUGAUUGUCAAGAUGAAUGAAGCUGCUGAGGAAGACAGGCAGCUAAACAAUCAAAAAAAACCAGCACUAAAAAAAUUAACUUUGUUACCUACGGUUGUUAUGCAUCUUAAGAAGCAGGACCUGAAGGAAACAUUUAUUGACAGUGGUGUCAUGUCUGCCAUCAAAGAAUGGCUCUCACCGCUACCAGAUAGGAGUUUGCCAGCACUGAAGAUUCGGGAGGAGCUGUUGAAGAUUCUACAGGAGCUACCUAGUGUGAGCCAAGAGACUCUGAAACAUAGUGGUAUUGGACGAGCAGUGAUGUAUCUCUACAAGCACCCCAAAGAAUCAAGGUCCAACAAGGAUAUGGCAGGAAAAUUAAUCAAUGAGUGGUCUCGGCCUAUAUUUGGUCUAACUUCCAACUACAAAGGAAUGACAAGGGAAGAGAGGGAGCAGAGAGAUUUAGAACAAAUGCCUCAACGACGACGAAUGAACAGCACUGGUGGUCAAACACCCCGAAGAGACUUGGAAAAGGUGCUGACAGGAGAAGAAAAGUGUGAUUUAAAUAAAAGCAUGGUGCUUUAUUUAACUCUCAAGGUCUUUAACUGUAAAAUGAUGAUUACAGUUACCUACCUUAUUGGAUUAUUACAGAAGUUAAGUAAGUUUCAGGGCACCUCCAAGAAAGGUAUCAGCCGACUGGAUAAACAGAUGAGAAAAUUCACUGAUAUCAGGAAAAAAAGCAGAUCUGCACAUGCAGUGAAAAUCAGCAUCGAGGGCAAUAAAAUGCCAUUGUAA